UUCAUUGGAAUUCUGAGGUUAAAACAAUUUAAGAUAUAUUUUGAUGUAAUACCGGUAAUAGAUGUUUUUUACAUAAUAUUUGUAUAAAUAAAUUAUUAUGUCGGGAAGACGUUUUUUGGAUUCAAAGAGACCGAAAGAGAUUGGCAAUUUAUAUAUUGGAUGUAACAAUGUUAAUAUCAACAACAGAGGAAAAUCGACAGAGUUCCAAGCCAAAAGACAAGGAACUGACAUUGCAGAAAAUGUUUUCAUUGGAUGCCACAAUGUGAAGAAAGAUGACAGAGAAGCAACAUGCAAAGUUCAAGGUUGCACUACCGGUUCUGCGUCCAUGGAUGUAUUUGAAGGAUGUAGUGGUGUAACGAUACAACACAAAAAUACUAUUAAAGAAGUUGUUGGAGGAGGCAUACCUGGCACCGAAACAUCUAUCGUAACUGCACGAAAUACAAAGAAUUUCAAUCUAUCUUCAAGUGACAGUAAUAUGACUCUGAGAACAGCGGGUUUAGAAGGUUCAAGUGCAAGUUUUGUAGUUCUUGAUAGAGUGGAGGGUGGAACACUGGAUUUUACUUCUGAUUCUUCCGCAGACACCAACCGAACUAAAUAGCAACGUCUAACCUUUUUGAAACUUUAAUUUGUAAUUCAAAUAUGCAAAGGUAUUAAUAUAAACCGCGAAAAACUUCAACACUGGCAAAUACAGUAAGCAUUUUUGCUUUCUGAAGUCAUCAACUUCCGCGAAAAAAGUUCGAAUUAAAUGUGCCUAAGACAAUAUUUCCUGCAAAAUAUACUUCAUUGUUUACUAUAUUAUUUGAUACCUAAAGGGUGUCCAUAAAGUCCCUUUCAAUUUCAAUUUUGUUAUGAAGGCAGUUCUACAUAUAUCUUGAACAGGUUUGUUGUAUCUUAAUUAAUCAGUAAUUGUUUAGGUUCUUUUUUACUUCAUUUAUUUAUCUGUGAGGGUCAAAACAAUAUAUGGUAUCGAUAAAUUCCAUUUUUAAAUACUUUUAAGACUUUAUGGACACCCUGUAAAAUAUAACUAUUAUUUGGUAGUUUACUUACAAAAUUAAUUCUCAUAGUAGCCUAUGAGCGUUUAAACAGAUCAACAUCCACAAGUAAUUGUUUGGUAUUAGGUUGUAAAACUACACUAAUAGCAAAUGAUUUUUGAUGUACCGGUAGGUAUAUUAUGGAGCUUUAAAUUACAUUUUGGUAUUUUCCUAACUGUACUUUUCUGUUUCUCAGUCUUAAAUUAGCAUAUAUCACAUUAUGUAUUAUGUCAAACUUCUUUGAACAUCGCUGUAUUUUUACAAAAAUGUUAAAAUAUUUUUUAUUUGUAUCAUCAUUAAAAACUGCACCAAUAUAUCGACCUAUAACAAAAAAGUUUUGCUUCAUAUUCACAAAAAAAUUUCCGGAAUGUUGAUGUAGAUUCUUGCCAUUCACAGAAUUAUAUAUUUGACUAAUCUUUCAUUUUAGCCACACGGAGGACAUGUGUAAAGUUGGAGAGAUAAGAUAAUGUUUUCAUCUUUUAAUAUUUUUUUUAGUUCACUGCUCUUACCAUACUGUGAUUUUGUUGCAUAAUAUUUUUAUGAUUUGAUGUUCCUUGAUCUAAUAGCAAGUUAAACAGAGGUUUAUUGAAUUUUUAUGUCGUAUUUAUCGCUCCAGUUCUUAGUAAAUUUUACCAUAAAGGAUUUGGAUUCAUGAACAAAAUAGAGCUACAUUAACUUGUUGAUUCAUAAUAAGAAGGGGAGAAAGCAUUUAUAUUCAGUAUGUGUGUUUGCUCUGGUAUUCAAUUUUAUUACCAAAGAUGAUAAAAAAAAGCAGAACCGUAUCGGUGACUUGUCACGAUAUGUUCACGUUUCACUUGCUACGCUCGUAUUCAGCGAAUGAAAUUUCUCUUGUUUUCUAAACCUUUUUGUCACGCACUUUGUGAAACAAUAAUAUCAGAUUGCUCAGGGGUAUGUAUAAAUAUCUAUAUUGUUCAUAUUUUUA